AUGGCACGGUUGUUUGCGCCAGUUCAGCACUCCCUCUUACUCCGAGAGGUGUCACUUUGUUACCGGGGGCUCACUUAUGGAUUUUUGGCACCUGAACUCUAUGACACAACUCAAUAUCCCUUUAUUUACCAGAUGAUCCCAAACCAAGAGCUGCAGUGUUCAGGGCUCAUUGAAUUGCUCUUGUAUUUUCAGUGGAUGUGGGUUGGGCUCACAGUUUUUGAAGGUGACAAUGGAGAUACUUUUCUGAAGACAAUUACACCAAUGUUCACCAAGGUUGGUGUUUGCAUUUCUAUCACGUUAAGAAUAUCGGACCGACACAACGAUCCCAUUGCUAAUGCACUGGAGUCCCUGAAGAAAAUGGAGAUGCUUGCCAAAAGUAAUACCAAUGUUAGUAUCAUCUAUGGACAGUCUCAACAUUCCUUCCCUGUAGGCAUCAUGCCAUCUGGGAAAGUUUGGAUCACAGUGGCUCAGUGGGAUUUGAGUUCAGGACUUAUUUCAGUUAAAUUCCAUGGUGCUUUGUCCUUUGCCGUCCAUUCCAUGGAGGUUCCAGGAUUCAAGGAAUUCCUCCAGAAUAUGGACCUUCAGUCUCUUGAUGGAGAUUGCAUUAUCCAGAAUUUCUGGCAGGCAGUUUUUGACUGUUCAAUGUUGAUAUGCAAUAUAUCGUAUUUUGACAUGUGUACUGGACUGGAGAAUUUAGAAGACCUACCUGGACAUGUGUUUGAGAUGGAAAUGUCUGUUUACAGCUACAGUAUCUAUAAUGCUAUUUAUGCGGUGGCACAUGCUGUGCAUGCCAUGUAUUCAUCAAGCUCCAGGAGGAAUGGAGACAGAUUAAAUAUUUGGAAUGUGCAGGCUUGGGAGCUGCAUCCUUAUUUGAAAAAUUUGCAUUUUAACAAUAGUGCGGGAGAUGAAGUGUCCUUUAAUGGAAACACAGGUUUGGAAGCAAGAUAUGAUAUUAUCAACUGGAUCAUAACGGACACUAAGACCACCAGAGUCAAAAUUGGAAGUAUGAAUUUUCUGACUUCUUCUAGUGUGGAGCUUCAGAUUGACAAGGAUAUAAUUCAGUGGCCAACCAGAUAUAACCAGACACAACCACGUUCCAUUUGCACCAGCAACUGCUUACCUGGAUACCAUAAAGUAGUCGUGGAGGGGAAACCUGUGUGUUGCUAUGAGUGUUCUCUGUGUCCAGAAGGAGCCAUUUCUAAAAAAAUAGAUGCAAAGGAGUGCAACAAAUGCCCCGAUGACAAGUAUCCAAACAGACACAGGGAUGAGUGUGUUCCCAAGAGUAUUACUUUUCUCUCCUACAAAGAUCCUUUGGGAAGAGUUUUGGCUGCUUUUGCUGUCCUCUUUUUCUGCAGCAGUGUUUGGAUUCUAGGGGUCUUCACCAAGCACCGAAAUACACCAAUAAUCAAAGCCAACAACAAGGGCCUGACAUACAUGCUCCUUAUCUCCCUCCUGCUUUGCUUUCUCUGCUCCUUGCUAUUCAUCGGAUGGCCCGGAAAGGUGACCUGUCUUCUCCGGCAAACUGCUUUUGGUGUUAUCUUUGCUGUUGCUGUUUCCUGUGUGCUGGCCAAAACCAUCACUGUCAUUUUGGCUUUCAUGGCUACAAAACCAGGCCACAAGAUGAGAGGAUGGUUGGGAAAGAGAUUAUCAGGCUUCAUUGUCCUCUCGUGUUCUCUGGUUCAAGUUGGUAUCUCCACUAUGUGGUUGGGGACCUCUCCCCCUUUUCCAGAAAUGGAUAUGCACUCACAGCCUGGAGAGAUCAUUGUGCAAUGUAAUGAAGGGUCAAUCACCAUGUUUUAUUCAGUUCUGGCCUAUAUGGGCCUGUUAGCCCUAAUGAGUUUCAUUGUGGCUUUUCUUGCAAGAAAACUUCCUGACACUUUUAAUGAAACUAAAUGUAUUACUUUCAGCAUGAUGGUUUUUUGCAGUGUCUGGGUGUCUUUCGUGCCAGCCUACCUGAGCACCAAAGGGAAAUACAUGGUAGCUGUUGAGAUCUUCUCCAUAUUGGUCUCCAGCUUAAGCUUACUAGGUUUCGUCUUUCUUCCUAAAUGCUACAUUAUAAUUCUGAAGCCAGAUCUGAAUACCAGGGAACGGUUAAUCAGGAAAACACUGUAA